AUGAGUCGCCUUCCCACCGUGGUCGUCGCCACCGCCUCCUUGUUUCUGUUGACUGUGAGGUACUGUGAAGUGGACGCUGCAGCCACUGCGUCCGGGGUGACGACGCCACCUUCGACACCGGGGUCUAGCCCGAAGCCAUCUACCCGGAGCACGGAGUACAAGAAUAUGGACAGCCAGACACUGGAAAGGACGCUGUCCGAGCUUCGCUAUGGCGUAGAGCUACUGGUGAGCAAGGUUACCCUGCUAGAGCCACGGCUAGGCCGCAUGGACAGUGCCAUCGGACGCCUCGAGAGGGCUCUAAUCAGAGAAAGCGCAACAUCCGAAAGCCACGCAGGUUAUCAGACGCGUUUUCCACCAAGGCCGAUAGGAUACCCAACCGGCAAGGGAUGCGGGUCGUCGUCGUCGUCCUCGUUGUCCUCAAGCGGAGACAAGGCCUCCACCGCCGAACUGGCCUCCAUAGGUGACCAGCUGCGGGACCUGAGGGACGAGCAACGCUUCUUCCGCCACAUGCUCGGAGACCUGCGCAACUUCACGACGCACAGCUCAGACCGCAUCAUCGCCAAGCUGGAGCAGCGAGGCUUCCUGCUGGCGAGGCCAGCGGUCAACAUCCAGACGAGCCGGCCAGUCAUUGUGGGAGGCAAGACAUCCUCUAACGGAGCGGCGCACCUGCUGAGACCGCAACUGAUGCCCUGGGAGUCGCAGCCUUCCAUGUCCUCCGGUACCUUGAGCUCCAGCGGUACUGGCAGCGCCAGGCCCUUGCACAUGGUCGAGCUGAAGAACAACCACAGGUCACCAACUGGAUCCACCCCUCCGUUCCGCAGCCAGGGGACCGCCACAGCCAAUCGUCGCCAGGAUAAGGUGCGCGGCAUCUUCACAGAUCUGUUUGGCUCCACACGCACCAACAUCGCCAAGCACUUGCGCCAGGCAACCGAGAGCGUGCGACGGGACACCGAAGUUCCGCUGUCGCGCGUCACCGAUUUGGCCGACUCGCUGGACGCCCAGGCCCGCAAGCUCCCCGACCUGAGGGCCGAGCUGGCCGAGUCCGCGGCCGCCGCCCGAGUCCUCGAGCUGCGCGUCUUCACCGAGGACGCGUACGAGCCACUGCGAGCCGCGGCGUCGCUGGCGUCGCGAGCGGCGGCAGACCUCGAGAAGCGAAUGCCCCCCAUGCUGCAGAAGGUGGCCGAGACGGCCACGGGUCUGCGAACCGCUAUCGGAGACCUGCGUGGCGCCCUGGAGAACGCGACGACGACUGUGGCGCCGAACGACGCCUACUACGUUGCCCUCAGCGAGGAAGACGACUUCUGGAAGCGAUAGUGCCAGACACAGCCUGCAGUUUAUCAACGCAGUGCGCCUGCCCUGACGAGACGUGCAGUCGACGAGCAUCGUUCCGGUUCGUCAGUUCGAUGCCUGACAUUUCGUCGUUAUAGCAGUGACGGCAGUGAGUGAAAAUAGCCGCGGAAAUUUCUCACUGCGAACUUGUGAGCAAGGGAAUAAGCGUUACUAAGAAUGCCAGUUUCUUAGCGCGACGUUUGACGCCAACGUGACGGCACGGCGAGAAGUUGAAUCUGACGCAAGCCCGAUAGAGAUAGCGAUGUAGUUGUGUACAAAGGUGAAGAUGUGUGCGGAGCCUGCACAAUUUUUUUUCGCGACGCCCUAGGUAACUGGCUUUUAACACGUUGCACAAAGACAGAGAGCUGCAGAAACAGGCUUCGCACUUCACCAUUAGUGUUCCACAUUGAGCCGUCGAUCGAGCAUCACCCAAGCCUCCGGAGGCUGCAGCAGACCUGUGGCUAUACUUCCUACUGUGAAACAUCAGGAUUCUCUACUGUAGCAUCAAUUGAUGCACUGAUUAAUGAACGCGGUGCGCGACGAGAUUCCGGACUGUUGAAUUUACUGUAUAGUUGCUCUCAAAACACGGAACUGAAGAAUGGCUGUGUUUAAAUACUGCUCACCCCUUUUAAACCUUUAGGUCUCGCGCUGGCGUGAGAUUUUCAUAUGGUGUCGUUCGUUUCCGUGUUUGUCAAUAUAGUGAUGUGCAGAACACAGUGAUUCAGGGGUGCUAAGUGUACCUACAUGGUGUGUAGUCGAAGCGAUUUCUAGUGCGGGCAGCUGCUCACCUAUCACCUGUUGCGGCAACAUCUGUUGCUAAUGCGGCAAUCGAUCACAGCGUUCUGUGGUGGACCAUGUCCGUGGACAUGUCAAAAUACGUUGUGAUGGUCUAUUGCAAUAAACAUUACGUUAUAUGUCGCUAAAAUAGAGAUGUUAUUAUUUCUUCACUAUGCCUGUGGGCCCAACAGCGGAUGUGCGAAUCGACCCUUUCUUGUGCCCUAAACAUGCAUGAUGAAAAUAAUGAUUCACCUAUGGUUUCCUAGAAUUCACCCACUGUCUAUGUUCCAU